AGAAUGCAAAAUCUUACAACACAAAAUAUUUCUUUCACAAAUUUUAAACUAAGUGCUUUUGUGGGUUUGGGGGAAUGGCGCUCCAUUCUAUUUAUCCCAUAUUUCCUAAUGUUUGUACUGUCUACCAUAUCAAACUCUGUUAUCAUUUAUUUAAUUAUAUCUCAGAAAAGUCUGCACUCUCCUAUGUAUGUUCUUAUUGGUGUUAUGAGUGUUCUAGACUUUGUGUGGCCUGUUUGUUUUGUACCAAGUUUGCUGCUGGACUUUUUAUUUGGCUGGAAUGGAAUUUCUCUUGCCGGCUGUUUAGUACAGAUGUUUUGUAUUCAGAUUUUUGGUGGAUUUCAGUCCACAGUACUAGUGUGGAUGGCUAUGGAUCGUUUUUUUGCUAUAUGCAAACCUCUGAACUAUCAUAAAUAUAUGGAAAUUCACAAGUUUUUAAAAUUUAUUAUUGUGCCAGUUUUCAGAUUUCUUUUUUUAAAUGCUUUAAUGAUAGGCCUGGCCGGAAGAUUACGUUUCUGUUCAAAUGUGAUGGAACACUGUUUUUGUGAACACAUGGGAUUGGUUCAGUUAGCCUGUGGAGACACUUCUCUUAAUAGCUUAAUCGGGCUUGUAUCAACUCUUUUGAUACCAAUGGCAGAUUUUCUAUUCAUUGUUGCAUCAUAUGUAGUAAUAUUUGUUUCUGUAUUUAAAUCUGGUAAAGCCCACUUAAAGGCCAUUAACACAUGUAUCACACAUAUAAUUGUCAUGACAGUCAAUUUAUUAUUUGUCCUGAUUGCAUUUCUGUCAUACAGAAUCAGGAAUAAUUUGUCUCCUGACUCCCGUUUGUUCUUGAGUACGAUGUACAUACUAUUUCCAUGCUGUUUUAAUCCAAUUAUUUAUGGAGUAAGAACAACAGAAAUAAGACAACAAUUUCUAAAACUAAUAAGCAAUUUGAAGGUUUUACCAUUGUAA